AAUUCAAAAAUACAAAAUGGAGGCAUUUUUGAAAUAGCAGGGCUAUGACUGUUUAUAUGCAUCAAUCUUUUUUUUAAUAGCUUCAUAUUUAAGUGCACCAAUUACAAUAUACAAGAGAGUAAACAAAAUUAUGAGUGUAUUCAGAAUUUAUCUUAAUUUUUUUUGCAUCUGAUAGCUGAUCGUUUUCCUAAAGCUGAACCCAAAAUGAAUGUGUUGUACACUUCUCAAAAACUGCAAGAAUUAUUUUGCGAUGAAGACCUAUCUCUCCCCGCGAACAACAUGGCGGCAUCAGGGGACGGCGACGGAGCCCCGGGGCGCUGCUGCCGGCUGUGCGGCGGAGACUCCAACCUGCGGUACUUCGGAGACACGUACAUUUGGGAAGGCGUGGAAGAAAGAUACGAUCAGCUACUGUACGACUGUUUUGGAGUUAAAGUGACCCCCUCAGACUGCAUGAUCUGCGAGUGGUGUGUCCGAGCACUACGCAGCACGGAGCGCUUCCGUGCGCUCGUGCACGCCGCCUUCGAGCAGCCCAACAGCGACGACUGCAUGAUCUGCGAGUGGUGUGUCCGAGCACUACGCAGCACGGAGCGCUUCCGUGCGCUCGUGCACGCCGCCUUCGAGCAGCCCAACAGCGACGACUGCAUGAUCUGCGAGUGGUGUGUCCGAGCACUACAGAGCACGGAGCGCUUCCGUGCGCUCGUGCACGCCGCCUUCGAGCAGCCCAACAGCGACGACUGCAUGAUCUGCGAGUGGUGUGUCCGAGCACUACGCAGCACGGAGCGCUUCCGUGCGCUCGUGCACGCCGCCUUCGAGCAGCCCAACAGCGACGGUCAUGGUGUGUCCGAGCACUACGCAGCACGGAGCGCUUCCGUGCGCUCGUGCACGCCGCCUUCGAGCAGCCCAACAGCGACGGUCAGUAACUACUGGUUAUGUGUAGUCUAUGUAGUGACCCCCUCAGACUGCAUGAUCUGCGAGUGGUGUGUCCGAGCACUACGCAGCACGGAGCGCUUCCGUGCGCUCGUGCACGCCGCCUUCGAGCAGCCCAACAGCGACGUGUCAUCAAACUCCACAACACUAAAAUCAAACAGUUGCAUAAACAAUGACUCCAAGACGUCACCGAAACCGGAAAAGGAAGUACCCUCCAAAAAGCCUUUUGACUUGGCUAAAAGACGUGAGGCCAGGAAACGGAUCCAGGUCAACGAUGCUAAAGCCAAAAGGAUUAAUAUACACUGUGAGGUUUGUAAGCAAAGAUACCCAAUGCUAGUAGCCAAUGACGGUAACAAAUCCUUCAUAUGCUCUCGCUGCAAGAAGAAUGGCGAACUCAAAGGUGCAGUCUGCAGGAAGUGCAAUAUAGUGAUGCCAAACAGUAUGAUGAAGGAUCAUCUCGAUUUGCACGCGAAGGCUGAUAUGAGGGGCAAGUUCAGGACCCAGCAACCCAAAAAGACCCACCUAACACUAGUGAACAGCGUUACAAAGCAGAAGAGCCAGCGGUAUCAAUGUACCCGAUGUCCUAAGAAGUAUGCGCUGGCGAGGAAUCUAGCGCUACACGUCAGAAACUCCCAUGGAGACAGCGUCGAUGAUAUGUGUUCUGGGUGUGGCGAAGACCUAUCGCAGACAGAGCAGUCACAACACCCUCUACAUCAGUGCAGCGAACGUGUGCCCGUCAAACCGAAUGUGCGCGCAGCUAACCCGCUCAAGUCUAGCUAGCUGAUGAUAAAAUAAAAUCUUGAAACUGUUGAUCCAUAUAGAA